AUGCCCCAUCCAAGGACUCCAAAGCCCAAUGGCGCCUCUCGCGAAGGUAGCGGCGAGGAGAGUGAUGCUACCAUUGAUCCCGCUACCUCUAUCCAGACAAGGCGAACCCGCAAACGUCCAGCUCAGAUGGCAAGGGAAGCAUCAGUAGAACAAACUUGCUCCCUUUCGCCUUUCCGCUCUCACACUUGUCUUGAGGACUCGACAGCAGACGAAUCUAGCUCAUCCAGCAGCAGCAGCAAUGUCAUGCAAACAGCUCGAAACAAUGCUCAGGAACGUCGCGCACGCAGCACUCGUUCCAACCUCGAACUCCGCCUUGAAGCCAAUCAACCGCCGAGCCACCACGGUCUCAGGAGCAUUGCUUCCACACUCCAGCCCAGCAGCAUCCCUUCUCGCUCUUCCUCGUCCCGCACUGUCAACGGCUUUGCGGAUGACGCCGCCAACGUGAAUAUGCCACCCAGUACCAACUCAUCACAGCUCUCAGAGCGCAGUGUCCUUUCCGAUGUGAAGCAGCCUCUAGCAAGCCUGGCCGGCCGUGAUCCAGCUCAGGGUUCCUCUGCGGCUGACUACACCACAUCCAUGACCCGCACCAGCAGCAGAACCAUCUCCAACAUCCUCGGCUCCGGCAGCUCCAACACCAACAUUUUGGCUUCCAACAACAACAGUAGACCAAACUCAAUGAAUGGCUGCAUGCCUUUGGGCAGAGGUUUCAACCCUUCGUACAACCCGCCUUCCAGCAUGUCAAUGCCAAGGACACCCUUGGCGGAGAUCCCGCUCUGGUUGGCAGAUAUGACACUAUCCUUGUUCUCGUCAGGUUUGUCGAGUUGCGGUGCUACACGCAAUGGGUCUACCUCUCCUGUUGUCCCCUUCCGCCGUUCUUUACGGGGAGGUAGGCCUCGGCAAAGCAAUGAGAAUGGCCGUAUCAGUCCUUCGCCGUCGUACUUUGGCAAAUACGACGCUCUCCCUUCACCUUCGUCUGCUUCCAUUCAAGGCGAGACUGGUCCAUUAGAAACUACCUCUAACCCAGAUGCUGGCCUCACAUCGAGCACGAUCCAUCUUGGCACUACAUCACCAGCAACGCCUUCUGUGCAUGCCCAGACUUCAAGCCCGGCCAUGUCCACCUGCAGUCAUACCUUGAACCGCGCAGGCUCUAGCCAGGAUCUUCACACUUCGUUCUACACUGCAAGAUCAAAUUUGCACCAACAAGGUAAGGCACACGAUGGCGAGGAGCCUAGAUCCGCAAGCCUGCUCGAACGUCGUGCUGCCACUGCCGCUGCGGUUGGCUCUGGAACUGCAGCAAAUGCCUUCGUUCAUGUUGCAAGCUGUCCUAGCUCGCGAACAUCAUCGCCUGCACGAGUUAUACAAGCCUCCAGGCGUAGAAGCACCAUCGCUGAAGGGCAGGACAGCAUGCCGAUGGAGGAAACCUUGUUUGGUCCACGACCUGCUAACCUUCCACCGUUGCAGAUCCCUGGUGCACGCCUUGCCACCAAUGCCGGCCUGUUGUUGCUUGACGUGCCAGCGCCUUUUUCCAUGAUGGUAAGAAACGCGGAAGGUCAACAAUCGAUAAACAUGGAACCGGUCUCACCAUCUGCCUUCUCAGAGAUGACCAGCUUGACACAGGGCUCAACAGCUUCGAAAAGCAUGAACAGCGCUGCUGGUAUGCCUGCCAUGCCUUCUUCGUCCACUUCGACCUUGGAUCCCUAUACGCAGACGAUGCAGCAAGAGCCAGGUGCCUUGGAAGCCGGUGCAAACAACAUUGAUUCGGAAUCUGUUCAUUCGCCCAGGCAGGGAGGACAACAGCGCAAGAAUCACGGCAACACAAACGCCGACGAAGAGGGUCUUGGCAUCCAAUUUCGUCCAUGGCCCUGUGCUGAUGGUGCAGGGAAGUGA